AUGGGUCUAUUCGAUGCAAAAGAGACCGGGUACGAGGAGAAGGGAAUCCCCGAUUCCUCGGCUCGCCGUACUUCCGAUGACGAUAUUGGCACUGUCAUCGACAACACCGAUGAGCUGAAGCGACACCUUGGCAAUCGCCAGAUACAACUGAUCGCCAUCGGAGGAUCCAUUGGAACUGCAGUUUUUGUCACCAUCUCUUCUGGUCUUGUCAAAGGUGGACCGGCAGGUCUCUUCCUGGCUUAUCUGAUUUACUCGUGUAUGAUGGGCCUGGUCAACAACUGUAUGGCCGAGAUGGCGGUCUUCAUGCCUGUCAGUGGUGCUUUCAUCCGUAUGGCUGGCCAUUGGGUGGACGAAGCAAUGGGGUUCUGGGCUGGCUGGAACUUUUUCCUCUACGAAGUUCUCUUGAUUCCCUUUGAGAUCUCCGCUUUGCAACUUGUUUUAACUUUCUGGCGGGACGAUAUCCCAGUCGAGGCGGUCGUUUCUGCUUGUAUCGUUCUUUACUUUAUUCUCAAUGCCUUCACCGUCAGGUGGUACGGAGAAGCUGAGUUCUGGCUUGCAAGCGGUAAGGUGCUGCUUAUCUUGAUCGUCUUCCUCUUCACCUUCAUCACCAUGGUUGGAGGUAAUCCGAAACACGACGCCUACGGCUUCCGUUACUGGAACGAACCCGGUGCGUUUGCUGAAUAUAUCGCUACGGGCUCGUUGGGCCGCUUUGAAGGGUUUCUCGGUGCCGUCUGGAGUGCAUCCUUCACUGUCGUCGGCCCUGAAUACAUAUCCAUGAUCGCUGGAGAAGCAAAGCUUCCCCGUCGUUAUCUCAAGACAGCCUUCAAAACCACCUACCUACGAUUUGCAUUCUUCUUCAUCGGAAGUGCACUCUGCGUGGGUAUCGUCAUUCCCUACAACGACAAGUCCCUCUUGGCCAUCCUCUCUGGCUCGUCCAGCGGCUCAGGCACUGCAGCCGCAUCGCCCUAUGUGAUUGCCAUGAAAAACCUCGGCAUCAGCGUACUCCCCCAUGUUACCAACGCCCUGCUCGUAACCAGUAUUUUCUCCGCCGGCAAUGCCUACACCUACUACGGAACGCGAAGUCUCUACAGUCUCUCGAUCCAAGGCCAAGCCCCCAAGUUCCUCCGAAAAUGCACCAAAGCCGGCGUCCCAAUCUAUUGCCUCUGCGUCGUGAUGGUCUUUCCCUUCCUAGGCUUCCUGAACGUAUCAAGCAACUCUGCAACAGUCCUAACCUGGCUGACCAACAUCAUCACCGCCGCUCAGGUAAUCGACUACAUCAUCAUCUGCACGACUUACCUCUUCUUCUACCGAGCCCUACGUGCCCAGAAAAUUGACCGCCGCACCUUGCCCUACUACGGCUACUUCCAGCCCUAUUCCGCCUGGAUCGCCCUGGUCUGGAUGAUUUUUGUGGUGACUACUUACGGCUACUCAACCUUCCUUCCAGGAAACUGGAGCAUCAGUAGCUUCUUCACUUACUACACGAUGGUUCUAGCUGCGCCGCUUCUCUUCUUCACGUGGAAGCUUAUCAAGCGCACGAGGCUGGUAAAGGCGACAGAAAUGGAUCUUGUCUGGGAUCGUCCCAUUAUAGACGCAUAUGAGGCUACUUUCACCGAUUAUGCGCCUGGUUUCUGGACUGAGAUUUUGCAAAUGUUUAGUCUACGACGGGGCCAUAAGGAAAAGCAACAUAUCUAG